AUGUUUGGCUCUAUUGUUGAUGCUCUUGAUACUCUUGUUGAAGAUGCAGAGCAAGAUAUUGCAAAUGCCAUGCUACUUGUUCAAGUAGCAAAGAAAAGAUUGCAAACUUUAAGGAGGGAUGAUGAAUGGGAUAUGUUUGUUGAUAAAGUAUCUAUAUUUUGUAUCAAACAUGAUAUUUUGGUGCCUAAUUUUGAUUAUCUAUAUGUUAACUUCAGAAGAUCACGGCGAAAACCUAUUGAUCAUAUUGUCUUUCAUCAUUAUCGUGUUGAAGUAUUUUGUAAAGUUAUUGAUUGGAAAUUUCAAGAACUUAACGAUCGUUUUGACGAAGUGACGACUGAUUUGCUUCAUGGAGUUUCUUGUUUGGAUCCAAUUGACUCAUUUUCAAGUUUUGAUAUUAGAAAAAUAAUGAAAAUGGCUGAAUUGUAUCCUGAUGACUUUGAUGAAUCUGGGAUGAGUGCUCUUGAGAAUCAUCUUGCAAGUUACAUUAUUGAUGUUCGGGAUUUUGACGAAAGGUUCUCCAAUCUAAAUGGGCUUUCUAAUCUUUCAAAAAGAUUAGUUAAGACAAAGAAGCAUUCAGUUUAUCCUCUUAUAUUCCUCUUAGUGAAACUUGCGUUGCUUCUGCCUGUUGCCACUGUAACCGUUGAAAGAGCUUUCUCAGAAAUGAAGUUUAUCAAGAAUGAGUUGCGGAGUAGAAUGGAUGAUGACUUUUUAGGUGGUUGCAUAGUGCCUUAUGUAGAAAGAGAAGUAUUUAGUACUAUUUCUAAUGAGUCUAUUAUACAAACAUUUCAAGAGAUGAAGCCUCGUCGAGUACAAUUGUAA